GAGAACGGAGAGAGAGCGAGACGGGAAAGAAGCACUCUGAAACGCGAUUUCCUCCUCCUCCUCCUCUCUCUCUCCUUCGCUAGGGUUUCUUGAUCGGUAUCCAAUGAAGCGAGAUCGCAUCGUCGACUACCCAAACUCUAGCUGCCUCACGGUCGCCGUUGCGGAUUCUCGAUCCGCCCAACUCUGCUCUUGAGCCGAUUCGUCGGAGGGUUUGAUAAUGGAUGAGACUGCAAAGAUGGAGAGCCAUUUGUCUUCGGCCGUGGCUUUUAUGGAAGGAGGUAUUCAGGAUGUUUGUGAUGAUGCAUGCAGCAUCUGCCUUGAAGCAUUCUGUGAAAGUGAUCCAUCAACGGUUACUAGUUGCAGGCAUGAGUUCCAUCUACAGUGUAUUCUUGAAUGGUGUCAGAGAAGCUCCCAAUGCCCAAUGUGUUGGCAGCGCAUCAGUUUAAAGGAUCCCACCAGCCAAGAGUUACUGGAGGCUGUAGAGUGGGAGAGGAGCUUUAAAGUUGAUAAUACAAAGACUACCACCAUAAUUCAGCAUCCAGCUUUUGGAGAUUUUGAAUUGCAUCAUUUGCCUGUUGGUGGAAGUCAUGCCGAAAUUGAAGAGCGUAUUUUUCAGCACUUAGCUGCUGCUGCUUCCAUGGGAAGGGCACACCACAUUGCUGGAAGAGAAGGUCGGGUUAGAUCAGGAUCUCAUGGCCGUCCACAGUACCUGGUUUUCUCUACAAAUUCAGAUGCAGCUUCUGUGGGCUCCAUAUCUUCUUCCUCUCCUCCAAGAGGAGAAAAUGAAGUUGCUCCUGCAAUAGUUGCUGCUAACCCAACAAUGCCCCCCGCUACUCUAGUAGGGGAAUUUUCUGAACUAACAAGUGUUGCCCCAACUCAUGCAAGUGAGGUAGCUACAUUGACAUCUGAGGCCCGCAAUAGUCAGAUGAGGUCAAGCAUUUCAUGUCCAAGGACACCUGCUGGCCAAUCAUCUCGAGUUCACCAAGUUGGACCAGGGCCAUCAGACUUCCAAUCCUUCUCAGGAUCCCUGAAAUCUCACUUGAGUGCUGUCUCGAUGAGGUACAAGGAAUCAAUCACUAAGAGUACUCAAGGAUGGAGGGAGAGAUUAUUUUCACGUAAUGGGCCUGUGGCAGAUAUUGGUUCUGAAGUCAGGAGAGAAAUUAGAGUCGGAAUUGCUACUGUGUCACGGAUGAUGGAGCGCUUGGAUGCAAGAGAGAGAACAGCUGGUACUUCUGCCUCACCUGUUGCUGAAGGGUGCUCAGUUGUAGAACAAAGUAAUGAUGGUGAUAAUGUCAAUCAUGCAAGUGCUCGUCCAAACAAUGGCACUACACCAUCUUCUUAGGUUACAGGUCCUAAUUAAGCUAUUUUUCAUUUUGAAGGAUCCGAGCAUGCUCCAGCUUUCAACAUUAAAGGGGGGGGUAUCCCAACAAUGGAAUAAGCUGCGGUUUGGUCUACACGUCGGCGUGCAACGACGACAAGCUGAUGUGCUGAUAUAAGGGUUCAAAGGUAGAACCGCUGAUAGUUUGCUGAUUGAUAUGGUUCUCGU